AGGAUAAGGAUUAUGACAACGAUACGAAAAGUGAAAGUAGCUGUGUAUAGUGGAAGUGUAGAAAACAACGUGGCCGGACUCAUCACUGAAAUAAGAGAGAGAAUGGCAGAUUGUGUUGAAGAGGUUAGAUAUGUUCAGCUACCUUACAACAUUAGUGAUAUGCAGAAGAUGAAUCUGGAUAAGAAUUACUUAAUGUUGCUCUGUCAUUCAAUCAACAAUAGAGGAUUUUCAAUCACCAAUGUCACUCACGCUCUUUAUGAUGACUUCCUUUUGAAAUCCAAGAAACUAUUAGGUCGCCGUAGAAUUGGAGUGAUUGUGCAUGACUUUGAUUCUGCCGAGCUCUCUUCGGACAAACUUAACAGUAGAAUGGAUUCCUUCAGAAUCAAUCAAGAAACAACAUUCGGAAAAUCGAUUCUGCAACUAAUCGGCGGACAGCUAUCUCAAUCACCGGUAGAGAUUAAUGAUGAUCAAUGGGAGGAACUCAGAAAAUAUCUCAGAAACGAAUUAAAGAAUCCGAAGCCCCGGAAAACUGGCCGCAGCUGCAUGCUGUAAACCGUAUUGUAUGAACUAUAAUCACAUUGUCAUGAUUGUGUCAGAAGUUGUGAAGUAUAUACAAAGGGAAUUAUUUUGCACCACUGUUAAAAUAUGAUAUUGAAAAUAACAAAAUAAUAAUAAGUUAGUUCUUAGGAAAGCAUAUACCCAGGCUGUGGACAUUUUUAGCAUUAUUUAUAUGCAGAUUGUGCACAAAAGACAAAUUCCUCUAUAUAACAAGUAAACAUGACGCAAAGAAAUCACAGCUUAUACAUACUUCCAAAUUAAUUCCACAAUUUUUAUACAAUGAACACAUCUAUUCAUUCAUACCCUACACGUAACUCUUCACAUUUUCAUCACGGUCCCGAUUUAGUGAAACUCUCUAGUUUCUACCAGAGUCCAUAAAAAGAUGCUCAUGUCUUUACUCAUUUAAGGCAAACGUUAAAUCCAUGUUAAUAUCAGAAUACUUAAAGUAAGUUUUCUGUGUCAGUAUUUCAGUUAAUCAUUAAAUCAUUUAAUCAUUUAAUCAUUACAAGCGUGUACGUACCGUACAUGCUUUAUUGUCUUUUGUUGAGAAAGUCUCUCACUCAAUUGAUUUAUCGUCCCACACUAUAUGUAUAUUCCUGGACUUCUCCAAGGCCUUCGACACCAUCAACCAUGACAUUUUACUUUAAUAAUAAUAUAGGGUAUUUAUAUUGCGCACAUAUCCACCUUGUUAGGUGCUCAAGGCGCUCCUAUAUUACCCGGCUAAGCUAGGCGUUCAUAGCGCACACAGCUUCUACCGCGGUACCCAUUUACCUCACCUGGGUUGAGUGCAGCACACUGUGGAUCAGUUUCUUGCUGAAGGAAAUUACGCCAUGGCUGGGAUUCGAACCCACGACCCUCUGUUUCAAAGUCCGAAGACUAAUCCACUGGGCCACAACGCUCACUUUAUAAACUGUCGCACUAUGGUGUGCGUGGGAAGGCCUUGGAGUGGUUCAGGAGUUAUUUACUAAAUAGGAAACAAUAUGUAUCUCUAAAUGAAUAUGAAUCUGAACUACGAAACACCAGUUGCGGUGUACCGCAAGGAAGUUUACUUGACCCUCUUCUUUUUGUUUUGUACAUAAAUGACUUCUAUAGAUCAUCAAACUCCUUAUCAUUUAUAUUAUUUGCUGAUGAUACCAAUAUUUUCUUUUCACAUAAAGAUCCAAAUAUUUUAGUUGAUACAGUUAAUACUGAGUUAUUAAGUAUAUCGCAAUGGAUAAAUGCGAACAAACUUUCACUUAAUUUACAAAAGACAAAUUACAUGCUAUUUAGCAACUCUUUAGAUUCAUUACCUUCAGAUAUAAUUCUAAACAACACACCAUUAAAACAGGUCUCUCAUACUGAAUUUUUGGGGGUCAUAGUUGAUAACCAUCUUACAUGGAAAAUGCAUAUUAACAAUUUAUGUAAAACUAUAUCAAGAAAUAUUGGUGUUAUCAAUAGAAUGAAAUUUCUUUUACCGCAAUCCUCAUUAUUUGUGCUUUAUUCGUCAUUGAUUUUGCCAUACCUGAAUUACGGUCUCUUGAUUUGGGGUAAUACCCAUCAAACAUUGAUAGAAAAGAUUUUUAUACUGCAAAAAAAGGUUAUCCGGAUCAUUUGUAAUGCUCCAAUACGCUCUCAUACUAAAAUUCUUUAUUUUUCGAAAACAAGAUUUUAAAAAUUAAGGAUUUAUAUUCAUUCCAAUUAGGUCAGUUUAUGUAUCAAUAUAAUAGCAAUAAUUUACCUAUUGUUUUUCAUGACAUGUUUCAUAAAAAUGAGAGCAUUCAUAAAUACCCAACUAGGCAAUCAGAUGAAUUCCAUUUACCGCUUUUCAGGACGUUCAAAGCCAAAAAUACUUUCAUUUAUGAAGGCCCAAAAUUUUGGAAUUCCCUUCAUAACGACUUAAAAAGUUCCCCCUCUCUGUACACUUUUAAAAGAAAGUUAAAAUCUUUCUUACUGAAAUCCUAUAAUCACGUCUAAAAAUACAUCACAGAUUUAUAUCUCUAUUCACCGUUCCUUUUCACUCAUGCGCUACUUCGUUUCUGUUUGUCUACACUCCUCUCUCUCUGUAGUUCAUAUGCAGUUCUCACAUUCCUUCCUCACCCCCCCCCCCCUUUCCUCUCUCUCAUUCAUCCGCUUUCUUUCUUUAGUUUCUCAUUCCUGAGUUUUUUUGCGUAAUUUUCGUAUAUUUUGGUUAUGUAAUAUUUUCUUUUAAUGAUGUCUUCUGUUGGCAAUCAUGGUUUAUACUUUGAUUUGUAUAUAUAAAAUUUAUUUCUCGCUUGUCAUAUUUUGAGGAGCCCACAAUAUACAAGCUUUUGCUUUUUAGUGGGAUCCUCCAUUUUCACAAAUUUUAAAUCCCAAAUCCUUUACGCAAGAUUAUUUUGUAUGUAACUUUCUUAUAACAUGUCUUUUUCAAGUUGAUUUUAUGACCUUGAUAUAUUUUUUUUAUGAUGUCGACUUGUUAUGAUUGUAUUUGAUUUAUAUUUUGUUGAAAAGGAAAUUAAUGAAAUGAAAUAAAAAUGAAAUAAAAUGAAAUUACCA